CAAGCAUAAACUAAUCCACCAUCUCCAGCACUAUUCAGUUUACAGAGGUGUUAUUGGAAUAGACAGGAGGUGUGAGUGAUCGCAGUAACGUGACAGAAGGACGCCACAGGUUUGUAGUACUUUAGAAGGGCCCCUUUUGUUGAUUAUGUCAUACAAUAGGAACUAUGGCUAUAGAGGCUAUAGCAAUGGAUACAGAGAUAGUUACAAACGUGGAGGUAGUAAUGGUAGUGGUAGUGGUAGUGGUAGUGGUUCUGAUUAUGGACACAGUGGUUCAUCAUAUUAUUAUUCCGGCAGUCGAGGUGUUCAUUACCAGUCAUCAGAUAAUCGGUAUGUACCGUCGAAUGUUAAUGAAUCAUCAUCCACUUCCUCUACUACCACCACCACCACCACCACAUCAACUAGAGGUCUGAGUUCUGGUAUCAAUACUCCAAGACCUACUUCCAGUUCUAGUAUGACAGCCAGUCCCUAUGGGAAUGGACCAUCAUCAGGAUCGACGCGUAAGGGUUCUGACCCAACUACGGGGAAGAACCCUAAGGACUCGGAAUUCACUAAACUCAAACAUCAUCGUGAAUUUACCAGUACCAUCAAGUUUUAUAGUGGAAUAGAUUCCAAACGGAAUUAUAAAGUUGUGUAUGAUCCAGAGUUUGAUAAAUCAUUAACUAAAGAAGAACGAAAAUCUCGAACUAAAAGGACCAGAUUUAAUGGAGAAUCACUUAGUUCAAGUGAAUUAGUGGAUCCUCGAUUAUCAAAUGUCGCUCAAUAUUUCCAGAAACCCAAUAAGAAAUCCAAGAAAUUCCCUUUCAAACAAUUACCUCAACCUAAAUUUCUAUUUGAUGGAGAUUCUUUAGGUCCAGCCCCUCAAACUGAAGUGGUGGUAUGGGAUCUUCCAUCGUCUAUUAGUGAAAUUUACUUUUCCAACUUUAUAAAGAGUUUUGGAGACCCUAUUAAAGAAGUUAAAUUCAUUAAUGAUCCUGAUUUUGCUGUACCAUUAGGAGUUGCUACUUUUAAAUUUCAGGGUAAUCCUGAAAAAUCCAUGAAAUUAGCUAAAAGAUUAAUUAAAUUAGUUCAAACUGAUCAUAUUAAGAUCGAUGGAGAGAACUUGAGAGUCGGAUUGAAUGAUCAUGAUGAUGUGCUUCUUAAAAGACGAAUUGAUCUGGCUAGUGCUAAGCUAAAGACACUAAAGAUUAAGAGAGAUCGAGAAGAAAAGGAACGAUUGAAACGUCAAGCUGAACAACAGGAGUUACUCAAGAAACAGGAGAUGAGAAGAAAAGAGCAGGAAAGCAAAGCAGCCGCCGCCGCAGCAGCAGCUGUAUAUAGACCAAACUCGACUACUCUCUCAGUUCGUCAUCAUAGUAAAGUCAUAGACGGAAUCUUUCUUCCAAAGGAACUUAAGAAAUAUGUUAAAGAUAGACCAUAUAUAAUUAUUCAUGAUAAGUAUGUUCCUACUAAGAAAGUGUCGUCACUGGAUAUUAAACGAGCCUUAAGGAAAUAUGAUUGGACAAGAGUUCUUUCCGAUAGAACUGGAUUUUAUAUUGUAUUUAAUACCAUUAAAGAAUGUGAAAGAUGUUUUAUUAAUGAAGAUGCAAGAAAAUAUUUUGAAUAUAAUUUAUAUAUGGAACUUGCCGUACCGGAAGGAUAUGAUGGAAUUAAAAAUGGAGAAUCAGAUGAUGAAGAUUUCUUUGAAAAUUCAGUAACUAAGAAGAAUGAUGUAAUUGAAGAAGCUACUAAUAUGUUAGUAAGAGAAUUUCAAACAUUUUUAUCAAAAGAUAUUCGAGAAAGAAUUAUUGCUCCUGCUAUUUUAGAUUUACUUAGUCAUGAUAAAUAUCCUAAAUUAGUUGAAGAAUUAAAAUCUAAAGAAUCUCAAGCUAAACCAAUUCAAGAGCCAGUGAAUUUGAAUACUCAACUUAAACAGGAUGCCCUUAAUAUCUUAUCUAAGAAGAAAAUAGAACAACAAAUGUUACCGUCUUUCAAGAGGAAGAACAAUGAUAAACCAUCAUUAAAACAUAUAAAGCCUCAUAAGAAACUUAACUUAAUCCCUAUGCAACAUGCUCUUAACUUUGAUCAUGAUUCAGAAGAAGAUGAAGAUGAUUCAAGUAGACCAUUAACUCCUGUCUCCAGGCCAUUGAAACGAGAUAUUGGUAAGACUGAUAUCAUUGAAGAGGAAGCAAAGAAGAAAGCCAAGACUGCUACAUUACCAUUCUAUGAAUCUUCCUCUGAAGAAGAAGAAGAGGAAGAAGAAGAAGAAGAAGAAGAAGAAGAAGAAGAGGAAGAGGCUGAAGUCAAAGAUGAAGAAGAUUACUCCAACGUUGAGCUCAAAUUCCAACCUUCCGAGAUUGGACCUAUACCCGUAUAUGAAGAGUAUCCUUAUGAUUUCAAAGAAGCAUUUGAUUUGGAAGUCUUACAACAAUUUAUUAAAGAUGAUGAAGAUAUGAAGUAUGCCAAAGAUGUAAUUACCGAAGUAGUGGGUGAUAAGUUGGAAGUAGAAAAUGUCGAUUAUUGGGCAUGGAAACAACGUAAUAUGAAACAAGCAUCCCACGAGAUUGUUGAAGAUAUUGAUUUAAUUGAGAAAUUAGAUCCAAGAUUAGAUUCGGAGACUGGAAGUUCUAGAAGUGAUGGAUUUAAGAAGAUUUCUGAUAUAGAUAAAGCUGAAUAUUUACCUCAUCGUCGGAAAUUGGAUAAACCACUUAAAACCAUUCAACAUGAAGAUGAGAUGGAUGAUAAUACUGGUCGGGGAACAGAAAAUACUAAUUCUAAUACUACCAAUAAUGCUAUACAAAGUUCUCGAGUUAAUCGGGCUAACAAUAGAAGAUUUGCUGCUGAUAUUACGGCUCAAUUAGGUAAUGAGACUGAAGUAUUAAGUUUGAAUGCAUUAACCAAAAGAAAGAAACCUGUAUCAUUUGCUCGAUCUGCUAUUCAUAAUUGGGGACUUUAUGCGCUUGAACCUAUUGCAGCUAAAGAAAUGAUUAUUGAAUAUGUAGGAGAAAGUAUUAGACAACAAGUGGCAGAACAUCGAGAAAAGAGUUACUUGAAAACGGGGAUUGGAUCAUCAUAUCUUUUUAGAAUCGAUGAGAAUACGGUCAUUGAUGCUACCAAGAAAGGAGGCAUAGCCCGAUUCAUUAAUCAUUGUUGUAGUCCUAGUUGUACAGCUAAGAUCAUUAAAGUUGAAGGUAAAAAGAGAAUUGUUAUCUAUGCAUUAAGAGAUAUCGAUGCUAAUGAAGAAUUAACUUACGAUUAUAAGUUUGAAAGAGAGACUAAUGAUGAAGAAAGAAUCAGAUGUCUUUGUGGUGCUCCUGGCUGUAAGGGCUACUUGAACUAGUGUAUAGUAGUAGUACUACCAGUAGUAGUAGUAGUAGUAGUAGUAACAGUACUCCUUACUAAUAGUAUGUAAUACUACUAGUAGUAGGAGUAGUACUACAGUAUGUAACAGUAUGUGUAUUAGUGUAGCAGAUGUCCCAUUUGGGUCUAAAUAUACAUAAAUAGAUGAGAUGUUUACAAGAGCCGUUUCAAGAUGGGAUAUCAUAGAGUAAUUAUUCCGCAUUGGGAG